UGCACAGAGUAUUAACCAACUCAUCGCCUUUCGUGCUCUGCAGGGCAUCGGAGGUUCAGGAUUGUACUCGCUCACGAUGAUCAUGCUGCCUGAAAUCAGCCCAGAUAACAUGAAACAGCACAUAGCGGCUCUGGUAGGUUUGGUCAUUACCAUGUCAGGUGUCCUUGGUCCUGUCCUGGGUGGUAUCUUGACACACUAUGCUUCAUGGAGAUGGGUGUUUUGGAUCAAGUCGGCCCUGUUGGUUUCGUGUCGCUGGUCAUAUUUAUCUUGACUUGGCCCAAAUCGGAAUACCUACCAUCAAAAGAGCGACGUGCUUGGAAAGAACUUGAUUUUCUUGGAUCCCUCCUUGUUAUUGCUUCUGCAGUUUUGGUCGUUUUCUCGUUUCAGAAUGCUGGCACAGAAAGAUCUAACGAUGGAUGGAAAACUUCCAUUUUCGUUGCACCCCUGAUUUGUGGCCUGUUUGCUUGCGGUCUACUCAUUGCGUGGCAGAUCUUCAUUCAGUGUCGGUGGCACGAUCGGUUUGCUCCCGCAUUCCCAAUCAACAUCUUUCGCAAUAGGAUAUACUCUACCGCCGUUGCCAACACCCUCCUCAACGGCUUUCCUUACUUGUUGCUAAUCUAUGCCAUCCCCCUACGCUUCCAAGUUGUUAGUGGCAAGUCUACUCUCAUCUCGGGAGUCAUGUUGCUUCCCAUGUUGGGGACCGCCGCCAUUGGCAGCCUCUUAGCAGGCAAAAUAAACGCCACCAAGAACUACACCUUUGAGUCAUUGGUACUUGGCUCGAGUGUGAUGACAAUCGGCUGCGGAUUGCUCACGUCGCUGUCACAUGAGCCCAAUGAUGCAAAAAUUCUUGGUUACAUGACAUUUUGUGGUCUUGGCUUUGGCUUAACCGUCGCGUCUUCGACAAUGCUAUCGACGGUGGAGGUACCCAUUAGGGACUAUGCUCCCGCACAGGGCAUUCUCUCUCAAGUUCGGCUUUUGGGUGGUAGCUUGGGCAUCGCAGCAUCAUCGGCCUUGCUGAACGAGAAAAGCUCAAAGUAUCUUUCGGGCGUUCUUACGGCCCAUGAGCAAGCAACAAUUGGCGGCUCUAACACACAUCUCACUCGUGCACAGUGGUCAGCUGUCCGCUAUGCCUACGCUGAUGCAUUUCAGGUAGAGGUGAAGAUAGCGACAGUAGUUGCAGCUUGCUCAGUCAUAUCCGCAUUUGGCGCCUUUCGAAAAGGGCGUCUUUUGAUAGCCGAGCAAAGAAAGAUAAUUGUCAGAGAAGAGGAAGACCGCCGACGUGCACAAACGGCACAGGUUGUGUAGGACAAUAUCGGAUCAUAUUUUUAACACAGGAUAUCACACCACACAUAGGGUUGCAUCUCGGCGUCACAGUCUUUUGACUCAAUAUCUUCAGGGUCGUGUUGUAAAUUAAUAGGGGUCCAGAACUUGCUAAAUCUUAUUCCCCCCCCUGUCUCCCAAUAAAGGGCCACUCUAGCCUGCUAAAGUGACACACCCUAUUUCCGCACUUAUAACCAUGGGGAAGCAUGAGCUGCACGCCACUAUAGCCGCCACCCCAGAAAGAAGAGCUAUACAAUACAUCAUAUUGAAUGGAAGCGUCUGAGUCGUUGGUCGUUAUAUUAUCUAUGUGCCAGGAUCCAUGCUACUACCUUCCUCCUUCGUUGUAUCCCGAUACAUGUCCACCGCUGCUGUACUUGGUCUCCUCGGCUUCAUGUCAUUGAGGGCCUCACUCUCCUCGUCAAUAUCGUCAUCGUCAUCCCCCUCGCAGUCGUUGUCUGACGCGUCUGGCGAUUCUGCAAGACUGUGCUGCAGUGAUGCCAUGAAGUCACCUGCUGCCUCAAACUUGGUGAUCCCCUCCUUAUGGGGCAAAGUCGAGUACAUCCUCUGGGCCUCGUCAAGACAUCGCCUCGCCUGGAUGUGCUUGGACUGCUGAAGCCAGGCAUCUGCACUGAGCACGCUCCAAGUUGCUGAUUUUCGACGGCGCGAGCCCCAGUGCCAACUGCCAACCCCCUCCUUCGAACUAUAGCAAAUAGCGAGUCGUUCCUUUAUUAAUGCAUCACCCACGCUGCCAGAGAUCUUAGACUCAAGAAGCCUCACGCCCCAGCGGCCUGCAUCAUCAAUAUUGGUCCCGCCCCGUAAACGCAGUAGCUCCAAACCCAGGAGCAAGCUUCGCAACGCUCCGUAGGGGGCACUGCAUCGGGUGUUGUAGGAGUAGAACGCAGCCUCCAACAUUUGAUCUAUCGUCUCGGCGCGAUUCUUCGAUGACAUCUGUUGUGGAAGUAGCAAAAGACUUAGUGCAGCCAUCUCAUUGGCAGCGGCGUGAUGUUUCCAGGCCUUGGAAUCGCUGAAAUCGGAU